ACCAAAACUAAAAGCACCUCUACAAAGUCCUCCUCACUUCCUCUGCCUCAGCCAUCUCAUUCGUUCCCUCCCAAAUCGCUCCACCAUUAAUUCUUCUUCUUCUUCAUCAUCAUCAUCGUAUAUAUAUAGAGAGAGAGAGGGGGGGUUGGUUUGUUGUACAAGUCGAAUCGAAGACGAAGAAGAAGAAGAAUGAGAGGAGGCAGCACGGUGCAACAAUCGCUGAGCCCGGAGGCGGCGAGCGUGGUGGGACAAGCCGUCGGCCUGGCGCAGCAGCGAGGCCACGCACAGGUCACUCCGCUCCACGUGGCUAGCGUCAUGCUUUCCUCUUCCGGCGCCGGCGGUCUACUCCGCUCCGCCUGCCUACGCUCCCACUCCCAUCCGCUCCGCUGCAAGGCCCUCGAGCUCUGCUUCAACGUCGCCCUCAACCGCCUCCCCACCGCAGCCGCCGCCGCCUCCCCUUCCUCCUCCGCCUCCUGUUCCCUCCUCGGCGCCUACGCCCACCACCACCACCACCUCCACCGUCCCCCGGCCCUGUCCAACGCCCUCGUCGCUGCCUUCAAGCGCGCACAGGCUCACCAGCGCCGAGGCUCCGUCGAGGCUCAGCAGCAGCCGCUGCUCGUCGUCAAGGUCGAGCUCCACCAGCUCGUCGUCUCCAUCUUGGAUGACCCCAGCGUGAGCAGAGUAAUGCGGGAGGCCGGUUUCUCCAGCACACAAGUCAAGUGCAAUGUGGAGCAGUCCAUCUCUCCCACGUCCGAAGACACCUACGCUCUCUCGCCGCUACCCAAGAAAACAAGGUCCCUAGACGCUGCUCGAGCGCGAGAGAACGACGUCGACGCCGUCAUGGAGUCGCUAGUGAAAUCCAAACAGAGCGGCUUCGUCAUCGUCGCUGAAAAUUUAGCCACCUGCGAGGCCGUCAUGAGAAGGGUCAUGGAGAGGGCCGUGAGUGGCGACGUUCCUCAUACUCUGAGGAGCCUCCAGCUCACAAACCUCUCGCUCUCUUCUCUCGAGCGCUCGUCGAGAGCAGAGGUGGAGGAGAAGACCAAGGAACUGAGUUGCCUCGUGAAUGGAAGGAGCAGCGUAAUCUACCUGGGAGAUCUCAGUGGAUUCAAGAUUACAGAUCAAAAAGAAGGGAUCUUGUGUUCCCCCAUGGAGCACGCGGUCAAGGAGCUCGGAAGGUUGGUCUCUCAUGGUGUCGAAGGCGGCAAGAUUUGGGUCGUGGGAAUCGCAACCUACCUCACUUACGAAACUUCCAUCUCUUGGCUUGAUGAUUUAGGAGUUCAUGAUAUCGAGCCACUGUUUGUUCCAGGUGGAAGCUUGGAGCUGAGCCUCAGCUUUGACAGCACUGGAGUUGAUAGACAUGUCCGAGGAAAGGGGCUUGGAGUGGAACCAUCAUGGCAACUGGAUGCUCGAGAGAGGAACAAGAACUUUGGCUCUGCUGACUGGUGCAGCAUAAUUAAAGGAGCUCAAAGAACUGGUGUUAACGGUGGCCACGGCCCAAGACCUUCAAGCUGCCUACCUUCAUGGCUUCAAAAGUUUGAAAAAGGAGGCAUAUCAAGUGACUCUACUGAUUCUCCCCAGAUCACUGAUCUAUGCAAAUGGAGCAGCUCAGGCAAUUCAAAUCAGCCCAAGAAAACACUCAAUUUCUCUUGGAGUUUUCCAUCAUCUUCCAUCCAGGGGAAGGAAAAAGAUUCCUGUCACGAGUUCGAUUUCUGGACGAGUGGAGCUACUCACAAGGACCAGGAUGAGGAUCCAGUGCCAUCAAUCAAUAGUGAGAAAGUACUCUGUGUUAACAUGAGCUCCUCUAGUGACUCCAUGGAAGUUGAAUACACCUCAAAGUUCAAGGAGCUCAGUGCGAAGAAUCUCAAGACGCUAUGCAGUGCAUUGGAGGAGCAAGUCCCAUGGCAGAAGCACAUCAUCUCUGACAUAGCAAGCACCAUUCUUCAAUGCAGAUCGGGCAUGCGAAGGAGGAGUGAGAGAUCGGAACCAGAGGAGGCCAAGCAAGAGACAUGGCUGCUCUUCCAGGGUAGCGAUUUCGAAGGCAAAGUAAAGAUCGCCAUGGAGAUAGCCAGAUUAGUCUUUGGUUCCUACACCGACUUCAUUUCGAUUAGCUCCGAAGCAAGCCAUGGCUACAUUGAAAGGUUUGCCGAAGCAAUCAGAGAUAAUCCUCACAGUUGUAUCUUGAUGGAAGACAUGGAGCAAGUGGACUACCAAACGCAACAAGGUAUUAUGAACGCGAUAGGAAGUGGAAGAAUUAAGAGGUCCGGUGGAGAGGAGAUUAGUGUGAGUGAUGCAAUCAUCAUUUUGACCUGUGAAAGCAUUGAGUAUUCCAGUUCCAGUGCAUGCUCUACUCCAACAGCCAAGCCAGGAACCGAUUUUGACGACAGGAAGGAUGCCAAGGAUCCCCAUCCUUUUGUUCUAGAUCUGAAUCUAUCUGCUCCUGGUGAUUUGGAUGGCGCGGAGAUUUCUGAACUUGUUGAUAGAACAGUCCUUUUCAAACUCCCUGAACACAAUUGAUUACGUCGAGUCGAUACAGCAGGGUGUGCAUGGUGGUGCAACUGGGUUAAUUAGGAUGAACACAAGUGCAACGUGUGUAUUUGCAGCUUGUUAUCCACACUGCUAGAAUCCAAAUAUUCAUUCUUCAUCUUACAAUUUUGUCAUCUGAAUUAGAUAUUAGCAAAUUCAUGGUAAAGACAGUGUUAACUUGUGCUUUUGACAGUCUUGUAGCUAGUUCAUAUAUUAUGCUUGUUGAUUAAGCUCCAUAUCUGAAGGAAGAGAAAAAAAAAAGGAAGAUAUUUUCUUUAA